GUGCUUUACGGCUGUGUUGGUGUUUUACGACCGCGGCCGGCCGCGUUGUGAGGGGGCCAUGGCUGCGGCCGAGCGGGACCCGCACGGGAGGGGCGAGGAGGAGGAGGAGGAGGAAGAGGAGGAAGAAGAGGAAGAAAAGGAGGAGGAAGAAGAGGAGGAGGAUGAGAAAGAAGAGGAAGAAAUGGAGGGGGAAGAAGAGGAAGGGAAGGAGGAAGAAGAGGAAGCAAAGGAGGAGGAAGAGGAGGGUCCCGCGGGCUCCCCCGCUGCCGAAGCCCCCUCGGACCCCCCUCCAAAGCCGGUGGUACCGGGGGUCCUUUAUUUGUCCUUCCUCCCCCCGGGCUUCGGGCCCCGCCAGGCCCGGGCGCUGCUGCGGCCCCACGGGGAGCUGGGCAGGGUCUUCCUGCAGCCCCACGGAGGCUCCGUGCGGCGGCGGCGGCAGCGCCCGGGGGGACCCCCGGCCGUGGCGUUCGCCGAGGGCUGGGUGGAAUUCCGGGACAAGCGAGCGGCCAAGCGAGCGGCCAAACUCCUGCACGGGGCACCCAUGGCCCCCCGGCCCCGCAGCCCCUUCCGCCAUCACUACUGGAGCAUCAAGUACCUGCCCGGCUUCCGGUGGCCUCACCUGAGCGAGCGGCUCAGCUACGAGCGCCAGGUGCGGGCGCAGCGCCUGCGGGCCGAGGUGGCCCAGGCCAAGCGGGAGGGGGGGUUCUACGCCCGCCACGCCUCCAAGGAGCCCCCCAAAACCUCGGGAGACCCCGCAGCCCCUCCCCGGACCUGGGGCUUCACCCAGAGACCGACAGAAGAGGAGAUUUGGAGGCGCAAAGCUCGGCCCCCCCCGGCCGCGCCCCCCCAGAGCCUGCUGGAGAAGGUGUUUGGGACAGGCCGGUGAGACCCUCCCUCAAAUCUGGGGGGGCUCCAGGUGUGUGGAUCGCCAGGGCCCCCUCCAGACACCGAUUCCUGUCUCAAGGACCACCAGAUGUUUUAUUUUUCUCCUUAAAGCU